UCAUGUUUGACCAUAUUGAAUCACUGAAUUUCCUUCUGCUAUGGAUUUUGAGCUCAGAUGCAUGUCAUUGGAAAACAAUUUGGCAGAACUGAGAUACUUUUUGGAGGCAAUCGAAUAUCCCUUGAAGAUGGAGAAGUGCUUUGAGUUGGCAGAAUUAUCCUUGAGCGUUUUCUUGAAGGUCCAUGGUGAUGUUUUGGUUGCAAACUUAGAGGCAGGACUAGACGAUAAGGACGAGGAUGAGGAUGGCGAAGAUCUUGGGAUAGAGAGUGAUCCAGAUAAUGAUGACGAGAAUCGUAUUCGGAAGCGUAGUGACAAAAAACUCAAGAUCAUGGUCAAUGCUAUCAAGACUGGUCCGAUGAGUGUUAGCUUGCGGUUAGGCGGGG